GCCCUCCUUCACCUUAUCCGUCGCCAUGUCCUGAGCCGCCCAUCUAUGCCGCCGCCGCCGACGGGCUAGCUCCUCCUCCAUGGCUCCACCCAUGCGCCCCCUCCCAAUCUCCAUAGCCUCCAACGACCAACUCCAUCUCCUGCCUCCUGCAACUAGUCCUGCCAGUGCGCCGCGUCCGCCGCCGGUGAAUGCCCUUUGCAAGGACUGCCCCUAGCCCCUCUGCACCGGUGCUCCUCGGUCGUCCCCGGCCCUUUGCCUGGUCGCUAGGGACGUGCUACUCCACGCCUGCUCCUACCGGGGGCCGCCGCCUGCCGCGUCGGCUCUGGCGCUUUGUUCCGGCCAAUCCCGGGCUGCUCGCCUGCUUGGCCGGACUCUGCCGCCCAGGACUUGCAGUCAACAAACAGCAAGCAGGCUGGGACAGGGAAAAAGAAGAGGAAGAUAUAUUUCAUUGCAAGUUUCAACACCCAGUGUUUCAGUUGGACUGAAUCAACUCCAGAAAUUGGAACAACCAUAGAUUGGACCACCGCCUUUGGCUUCAAACAACCCGCCUUCAAUCUCAACUCGAGAAAGUGCCUCUUUUGUAUCCCAUACUCUUUUUUUGAAGUUUUUGGCAUGUUUUUAUCUAUUUUGUUGUAUCAUUAAGAAUCGAGUUUAAAUUCUAGAGAGACAUACCAUUUGUCCAAAAGUAUCAAGCAUUGGAUGUAAAGUGGACAACCUAUUCGGUACUGAAACAAUAUAUGUAGCAUGUAUGAAGCUGAAUCAUGCUUAUAACACUGAAGAGCACAGUAACUUCCAUAAUGCAAGUAAGUAGCUGCAAUCUUCCAGGAUUUUUUAUAAAUAAAUCAGCAACAUGCCACUCACCUAAGUUGUCUUUUCAGCGUAUCCUACCAUGCGCCAAUGAGGCAAGUGGUAGUGUAUCCUAAAAAUACCCUUUUCCUGAAGGUGUAAACACAUGCAGCAACUGAUUGUGUGCAUUAGAAUGCACUGUUUGAUAAUUACUCUCUUAGGCCUUGCUUGCUAACUUUGUAAAAAUAUGCGACCAGCUACCCUUCAACAAUUGCAAGUCACUUGGGGACUGUUUGGUUUCAAGCCAAAUGUUGCCAGACCUAUGGUUAGGCACACAUAAUUUCUGAGGUGAGUGGGUGCUCAGUUGGCUCACACGGUUGUGGCUUGCGACUUUACUAGUCACAUGAUUAAGGAGUAUAUUUUGGCCACACUUUUGUGGCAAGCCACACUCUGUCCCGAGGGGUAACAAUUACUACUUUUGGCUUAGUUGUGGCAAAGUAAGCUUUUAACCAAACUAGGGUGUUAAAUUGGUCUUAAGUUUCAAUCUAGUAUUGUAGAUCAUCACAUAUGUUCUCUGUUUCUUGUUCAAUGAUGUCUUAUCUGACUCAUUAAUCAGUUCAACUUAAUAUCCCUUUUCCUAUUAUCCUUAGAGCAAAUAGAUAUGACGUGUAUGCAGUGCAGCCCACUAAUUAUUUAGAUUGCAUUGCAAACGCCCUUUUACACAUGCUUUUCAUUUUUCAUUCAGGUGGCUGCACAUAUCCUCUAGGUUUCUGUAAUUGGGAAGGAGUGUAUUUCCAGUAUGGUGAUAACUGUAUAUAUAAUAAUACUGACUGUGAUCAUUGGCCUUUUUUUACCUUCUGUUGUACCUUGAUUUUUGUAUAUGGUGCUUACCUGAGAUGCACAAGAUCAUCAAAGCAGGGAAAUUAACAUAGUUGUUUUUUUAAAGCACCCUAUUAUAUGGUUUUUAUGCUCAGUUUGGAUACUUAGAUAGUCCAACAAUCUUAGUAGUUUUGCAUAAGGAAAGAAGUCCCUACAGCGAUUAGAAAGAGUAAAUAUUUCUAGAUAAUUGAAGGCCCUGCAUAUAUAAUACCAAUCAUGUGCCCUGUUUUAUAUUUUUGUUUGUUCAUGUGGUGUGUGUUUCCUUUCGAUGUAGCCAGAGUUGGGAUUAGGGGGAGAAAGAUGGCAGCAUAUGUGCAAUUGUAUUGAACUGAGUGGCGUCUUUGCAUACUAGUUAAACCUACAAUGGCACAUUCCUUUUGAUGUUUUUCAAUUCAAGGUUGAUGAAAUAUUUUAGGAUCCAAUCAUUGAAUUAAAAUAUCUAUGUAUUCCAUGAUUUUCUUGCAAAAAGAUUUAAAUCAGCUUUCAUCUCUUAAAUAACACAUGUGAAGUUAUACACUGACAUAUGUUUUUUUGUUUCAUUACUUCGGCAUAUCAAAGGGCGAUGGAUCGAGGUUCGAUGAGUCAGCCAAGAGCUAGUGCUGCUUACAAAGAUGGUGUCGAGCAAUUUCUGUCUUUUGCAUUCCAUGAUGUUCCGGCUGGUGAUAGAAUUCUCUGUCCUUGUGUAAAUUGCCGAAAUAAAGGUAUGCAGAGUUAUGAUGGAGUGAAAACUCACUUGAGAUGUGAUGGUAUUCUUCAAGGUUACACUAAGUGGGUUUGCCAUGGAGAGGAUUACAGUGAACCAUCAUUUGCAUUUGCUCAUGUAUCAGAUAACAGUGGCAAUUUUUCUAUUCCUGGCAUCCCAAGGAAUGUUGUUGGAGAAGGCAAACAUGGAAGGAUGGAUGACAUGCCAGGACUCUUAAGUGAUGUCUUUGCUAUGGCUAACAGUUGUGAAUCUUUAUCAAGCACAUCUGAUGGUGAAUUAUAUGGCGUUGAAUUUGAGAAUAUGGUACCUAAUUCAGUUGAGGAUGAGAAUGCAGAUGCUCAAACAAGGAAGAAACCUAAUACGUAUGCAAGCUUCUUGGGGGAUGCAAACACAAAGUUAUACCCUGGAUGUAAAGCAUUUUCUAAGUUGUCAUUUCUCAUCACCUUGUAUCACAUGAAAUGCUUACAUGGAUGGUCACAAGAAUCAUUUACAACGCUACUUGGUGUUUUGUCUGAUGCACUUCCACAGGCACAACUACCAAAGAAGUACUAUGAGGUACAAAAAAUCAUCCAUGACUUAGGCCUUGACUACGAGAAAAUUCAUGCAUGCCCCAAUGAUCGCAUGCUUUUCCGAGGUGAACGAGCUGAUCAAGAGUCUUGCCAUGUGUGUGGCAGCUCGCGUUGGGUUACAAAUGAGAAGAAAGACUCCCAAGCUGAAUCUGUAUCUAAGCAGAAGAAGAAACUAGCCAAGGUGUUGCGUUACUUUCCUUUGAUACCGAGGAUUCAAAGGCUCUUUGCAACAAGAAAAACAUCAGAUGACAUGUGUUGGCACGAUGAGGGUCGUACUAAAGAUGGAAAGAUAUGGCAUCCAGCUAAUGGCGAGUGUUGGAAAGAUCUUGAUGCUAGAUACCCCAGUUUUGUUGUUGAUCCUCGUAAUCCGCGCCUUGGCAUUUUGAGUGAUGGAUUUAACCCUUUUCGGAGUAUGAGUUCAAAACAUAGUACUUGGCCAGUGAUGCUUAUCCCGUACAACCUACCGCCUUGGAUUUGCAUGAAAGAAACAUCUCUAAUUUUAUCGAUGAUCAUUCCUGGACCAGCUUCCCCUGGGAAUGACAUUGAUAUAUAUAUUUGCAGCCACUGAUUGAUGAGCUCUUACAGUUAUGGGAUGGUGUAGACACAUUUGACGCUUCCUCGUAGGAGAUAUUUCCACUCAAGGCUGCAUAGUUAUGGACUUUAAAUGAUUUUCCAGCAUUAGCUUACCUGUAUGGUUGGAGCACAAGUGGUAAAUAUGGGUGUCCAUCAUGUGGUCCUUCUACAAGAUCAUUUCGCCUGGAUAAGAGUAUGAAACUUUGUUAUAUGGGUCAUCGUCGUUGGUUACCACAGGGUCAUGUAUUUCGAAACCGAAGAAGGCGGGAAUUUGAUGGCACUAAAGAGACAGAAUUGGCACCGACAACUAUGAGUGGUAGUUCAGCUUUGAAAAUGUUGCAAGGCAGAGUGUUUGUGUUAGGCAAAAAAGGCAAUGUAGCAAAGAAAGCAAAGGGUGGAAAGAAGGUCAAAAACAGUGAAAAAGAAAAUGAAAAGAAUCAAGAACCGAAGCAUAAAAGGAAGGAAGGCAACAAGAAGUCAAUUAAGAACCAAGAUCAUUUGCUUGGCUGAAAGCACUUGUGCGCAAUAGAGCAUUUCCUGAAGGUUCAAUUGCUGAAGGGUAUCUUGCCCAAGAAUGCUUGACCUUUUGUUAAAGAUUUCUAGAAGGAACUACACGUUUUACAAGACCAUCAAGAAACCCUGAUCCUUCAAACAAGAUAACCGCUGCAGAUUCUGUCAUGACCUCAAGAGACAUCAAUGUACUGGGUAGCCACUUUCCUAAUUGCAUCUUCCAUCUCGCUGGUACAGGAAGUAACAUAGUGCACUGAUUUAGCUGUGCUAACUCGGUCAUCGGGGCUUUGUAAUGUUUUACUAAGGCUUGACCCUUUGUUUAUUUCUAAUCUUGCUUGUAAAGAUUGUAUACUGACCUCAUGUUUUGCAAACUGAAAAUCUGAAGCAUCUCGUUGUAGAUUGUGUCAUGAGCUCAAGAGACAUCAAGAUUAACGAUGGCGAGGAUACCAAGACGACUUCAGGACUUGAACCGUACAAUGCAUGAUGCAAAACAUGUGCAGCUUGCUGAAGAAAAUCUGCAAGGUCCUCCAAAGAUUGAUAAUAUAGUACCAGGAAGAUCUCAUGAAUCCACUAGCCAAAUCAAGAUAAUUUGGCCAAAUGGAGAGACGCGGUAGAUUGUAGGGGGGUUUCGGCUGAAGAAUUUAUCCCAGGUACAUGGUGGAAAGAUAAUUGUGGAGACUAACGAAAAAGGUGUUCCGAAUGAAAGGUCUGGUUCCAUUCUUAGUAGCUAUCUUAGCGACGUUGUAGAGAACUCCACAUUUGCACCACUGAACAUUCCAAGACGGGACAAUGAAUUAUUUGUCCAGAGAAAGAACAACAUGAUCAAGGAUGUAGAGGAGAAAUUUGUCUAUCCAUCUGAGACAAAGCAGCUUACACGAGACUGGGUCCUAAUGACUGUUUGCAAAAGAUGGAGAGCCUACAAAUCUCGCUUGAAGAAAAAAUAUUUCAAACGGAAAGAGAGAUCUCUCCAGGAAAUUAUUAGUGAUGUUCCAAUAGGUGUUAAUAAGCAUCAACGGGAGAUUCUAGUUGGAAUGUGGUGCCAGGAUUCACACAUGAAGUUAUGCGAGAAAAACUCAGAGUGUGUGAAGCAACAGAAGAAUCCACACACAACCGGGAGAAAAAGCCAUGUCAGGCUACAAAAAGAGAUGGAAAUCAAAAGGAAAGCACCGGUCCACAAGAUUGACCUAUGGGAUGAAGCUCAUAAGAAAAAAGAUGGCAAUUACACAAGCGAGAAUGUGAAGACAAUAAUGGAGUUGCAGCAAACCAAAUCAAAAGAGGGUUGUGGCAAUGUGCAUUUACCACAUGAACAUGUGAUCACUAAGAAUGUCCAUGUUGAAAAUAAUCUUGCAGUGCAGCAAGGUGGCCCCGAACCAAGUUUACGACUUCACCAAGUCACUGACCAGGAUAAAGUUGAAGUCAUGUUGUAUUCGACGAACUUGAGAAACAAAGACAAACUUGUGGCCAAAGGAACUUUAGAGAGUAAAGAGAAAACAUAUGUGGUUGGAGGAAACAUGCUUGGAGUGCAAUACGUUGCAGUUCGUGUUCGCGGCUGUACAUAUCUAGGAGAUGAGAAACUAGUUAGACCAUAUGAAAAAUUCCAAACUGUAAGGGAUGCUAUGGGUUCUGUUAUUGCUUGGCCUCGCUCACAUGUAAAAAUAGUUAAGCCAACCCCUCCAGCACAAUCACAGAGCAUUGGGCGGUGAGGAUUUGAAAAGUGAGUGCAUUAAAGGAGCUAGGAGUGGCUGGGGAGCACUUGAAAAGGGAGUGCACUAGAGGAGUCGGGAGUAGUUGAUGAAUCAAUCUUUAAAUGAACAAAUAUUCUAGAUUAUGUAUAGAAUUUAGCUUCAUAGACAAAAUUAGUUCCAGUCUGUAGGAUCUUUUCUUAUUUAUUUGCAUCAUCGCAUGUUUCAUAUGAAUGUUACAUAUUAUUCAGCUGUGAACUCCAAGUACUUUUAGUGGAGACAUUGUUCCUGCUAAUUAAUGCAUUGGAUGUUGUUAC